AUGCUCACCACAAACCACACCAGCCUCCUCCUCUCCCUCCUUCUCUCGCCCAUCCUCGCACCCAUCGCCAGAUCCAUGUUCGCGACCAUCCACGCCAGCAUACGCGCCCUACGCACCGCCAUACACACCAUCCUGCGCGACAUUGCCAUCUUCGCCAUCGGAUACAUUACCGUGCUCGUGCUUGUCCUUGCGCUCGCUCAGUUGGCGGUGCUGGUGCUUCGGUCAGCUGCGGCAGCGCAUGUGGCUGCUAUGACGAUGAUGAUGACGACGACGGCUACGACAACGACGACAACAACAACGAUGGGCGCGGGCGCGGGUGUGGCGGCGAAUGUCACGUUUGCUGUUGCUUCUCUUGCUGCGCUUCGCGGUGUGGGUGACGGGCUUUCCGUGGGAGGAGCUUUGGUGUGA